AUGUCGCGGACUACAGAGUCCAAGCCUCGCCUCUCCAAAGAAGAAGUCGAAACACUCGAAGCCGAGUUCCAGAAGAACCACAAGCCCAACAGCAGUACCAAGAAGGCAUUGGCAGAGUCUAUGAGGGUGGACAAUGCGCGAAUCAACAAUUGGUUUCAGAAUCGCCGGGCAAGAGAGAAGAAGGAGAGGAACAUACGCGAGUACGAAGCCCGCCAGAAGCUGGAGAAGCAGAAGAACGCAGUCGAGGGCGGCAUGACCGAAGCACCCGACCGCAAAAGCAACCUGGUAGCGUCGAGUGCACCGUUCCCCAACGCACAGCGACCUCCCCAGCGCGUGUCGUCUUCCUCGCGCGUGAUUCGUGACUCUCCUCUAUCGGAUGAGGGAGGCCCGCAGACGCAGCUGAGCUCCAAUGCGUCCAAUGCCGGGUCUUUCGUGGCCCAUGGUUCAUGCACAUCCCCGUCCAACGCACCUUCAGAGUCGAAUGACGCUGAGUUUGUCCUGUCCACGGACGACGAAGACACGGACUAUUAUGGCAAACCGAUUUCUGACAUUGGUACCGGGGGUGAUUUCCGGAAUCCUCCCUCGAUCUUCACCGCUUAUAGCACCGAUAAUCUCGCAGGGUUCCCUCCAAUGGCCCAGUCGUCUCCCGAGCAUGAUCUCUCGCUGAGGUCACCAGCCUCCUUCGAUAUCGCGGCACGCCGCAACCGCCGCCCGCCACCCCUGGCCAUUGAUGGUCGAAGCUGCUCGGCUGGCGCGCCGAGAGGUGGGCUGGACAUGAUGCGCAAGGGCGACACGAUGCGGCGCGUAGCGUCUGCCACAGGUUCUAUGCGCAUCUCAAAGCCCAUGGGGGCUCCUCGCAGUCCAUACAUGCUCAGCCGAUCUCCUGUCCCCACGGGCGUCAGGGGGAGCCAUGCGCCACCAACGCCCGAUACACCCGUGCUGGCCAACCACCCUGGCGUCAACACCCUCGAUCGAGGGGCCGGCGUAUCGGAACUGGCAAUCCGUGACCCUAACCUUCGCACGCCGCCCACGACUCCCGGCGUUUCCCAGACCUUUUUCAGUCUCAAUUCGAUCUACGAUAUGCCCAUGACGGAGAGUGGCCUGCCCACAUCGUCCCUUGGUCGGUACAACGGAGGCCUCGAGCACCCCGGCGUCUCAGUCGGCGCACAACAUUACUUCACCAAUCCCGGUCUUAGCCAGCCGCAGACACCUUCAUUUGUGUCUCCUAUCAGUCACUUCGGCAUGGAUGCUGGCCAAGGGCCUGAAUACGCGUGGCCAUAG